AUGACACCACUUGGCCGGCUCUACCUCUUGAGGGUGCUUGGCGCCCCCCCUGUCUUCCUUCUGGGGCUGCUGCUGGCCCUGCCUCUAGGGCCCCAGGGACUCUCUGGUGUUCGCUCCUCAGCUGCCAGGAUAGCUCAUCAGCCCCCUCAGAAGCAUUCGACCCGUGGCUUCCUGAAACCUGCUGCUCACCUUGUUGGACACCCCAGCAAACAGAACUCCCUGCUCUGGAGAGCAAACACAGACCGUGCCUUCCUCCGACAUGGCUUCUCCUUGAACAACAACUCCCUCCUGGUCCCCGCCAGCGGCCUCUACUUCGUCUACUCCCAGGUGGUCUUCUCUGGGGAAAGCUGCUCCCCCAAGGCCACUCCUGCCCCCAUCUACCUGGCCCAUGAGGUCCAGCUGCUUUCCUCCCAGUACCCCUUCCACGUGCCUCUCCUCAGUGCACAGAAGUCCGUGUAUCCGGGGCUGCAAGGACCGUGGGUACGCUCAAUGUACCAGGGGGCUGUGUUCCUGCUCAGUAAGGGAGACCAGCUGUCCACCCACACAGAUGGCGUCUCCCAUCUACACUUCAGCCCCAGCAGCGUAUUCUUUGGAGCUUUUGCUCUGUAGAAUCUAGAAAAAUCCAGGAAUUGGAUUCCAAGCCUCCAUGCUGACCGUUUUAAGGGUCACACCGCCUCUCCUCUGCCCGUCCCCACGGUCUCAAGCCUUCCCCACCAAAAUCACCCAGAGCUCUCACAGAAGGAGUCUGAGGCACUCCAGGGGGA